AUGAAAAUCUUGCUCCUAUUAUUACUGGCCACCACCGGCCGGGCCCUCAUCCCCAAGGAGGUCAAGCUGUUCGUCGGCGAGGUUGGCCGCGUCGAACUUGACGCUGGAGCGGAAGUUGAGGUGGCCGGUGGUGGGGAACUGCCCUCGUGGAUGGCCCUCGACAAGGACGCUCUAUUGGUGCUCCCCGGAAGGGAUGACGUCGGGAAGCAUCUGAUUCAGGUGACGACCAAGGGCAAAGAAGCCGUGAUCGAGUUCCGCGUCUCCGAGGAGUACCAAAACCCCUGCGGCGAGACGGACUCCUUCUGGAUCGAGGCCAUCUACGAGGGAUCGGAGGGCAUCGCGGAAAUGGUCGAAGCCGCCGAGACCAUUCACCAGCACGCCGAGAUUGACCUCGCCAAAAUUCGGGUCUACGAUCCGGUGUACGGUAAAUUCGUGCGGAACGUGACAAAGAUCGACAUGGAGGAAGAGGGAGAGGCCGAGAGCUAUGCGAAGCCGUUCCACGUCGUCGUGCCGGGUGGCUGUGUCGAAGGCAGCGAACUUGACCAAGACGUUCCGCCCGAGACGCUCGAGGUGAUGAGCCGACUUAUCGAGAUGCUCGACGAGAUCAAGGCGGCCGAUGUUGCGGUUUUCCGAGGCCGCGUCCGCACCCGGAAGGAGCGCAACGGCGGUCAGGACAUCAUCUCGACGUUCGACUUCUCGACCGGGGCCCCGGAGGAGGCGUUCGAAGCCUUGGAGACGACGACGACGCCUGUGAAGACGACGACGCGCCGAAAUAUCCGGACAACGACCGCCCGCAACUCGGCCGACUCGGCACCGGCGAAGAUGGCCUCGCUGUCGUCGAUGCAGUGCAAACGCGGGCACCUCUGCACCCUGACCAUCCCCGCCAAGCUUUUCGUCGACAAGGAGGACGGCGAGACGAACAAGCUGAAGCUCCAGAUCCACGCCAUCGCCGGCCAGGCCAACUGGAUCAAGGCCGAAAACAUGCAAAUCUCGGCGGUGCCGCUCGAGGUCGGCGAGUUUGAGAUGCGGCUGGAGGCGCGUGAUAAGAGCAACCAGAUGGUCUCCGCCCCGUUCAUCGUCAGCGUGCAGCCAUCCGCCAUCGCCAACCAUCACUUCUACUUUAUCAUGGACCGUCCUCAAGGAGAGCGUCUCCUCACUCAACCGCACCAGCUCGUCGGCUUUGUCAAGCAGCUCGCCUCAGCUUUCCCUGGAUCAUCCACCGAAAACGUGACCAUCGAACGCCUCGAAAAGGACGGCGAGGGGCGUGCCGUCAUCUACUGGAGCAACACCACGCUGAACGCCGAGAAGACGUGCCCCGUCGACGAUCUCGAAGCGAUGAAGCUGGUGAUGGCCACGAAGAAGCAGAACAAGCCGAAGACGGACUUUACACGUGCCAUGAGCGCCCAGUACAUGAUUCGCCGAAUUGGGUUGGACUUGCUAGGAGGCUGCAAGAAGCAAACCAUCGACACGGAUACCUCAUCCCCGUCCGUCGACAAGCCGUCUCGUGAAUCAGGCUUCGGCUGGUUGGCCCUAGCGGCCGCCUUGGCCCUGCUCCUGCUCCUUGUCGCCAUCGCGCUGUGCUGCUGCUUGUCAAAGAAGCCGAAGAAGGAGAAGCCGUCCGAGUUCGUCUCCAAGGGACUGCCCGUCGUGUUUCCGGAAGAGGUUGCCGACGAGUCGGACACGGCGGCUGCUAACACGCCAAUGCUUGUCAAGGAGGAAAGACCGCCGUUGAAGAUAUCGCACCACGAGAAUCCCCUCUACAAGCCACCCGGCGAGUACACCAAGUCCUUCCAGCCGCGCAACUCGACGCCCGGGCACGCAGGCACGCCCGUGCAGAAGCUGCCCCCGCCCUAUGUUGUACCU